AUGGGAAACACUCCACUAUCCACCACAGAGGCAGAGAAAGACCUGGGAGUGUAUGUUACCAGGCUACCAGUGAAGGGAUAUCCAGCACACCAAUACCACAUGGGAAACACUCCACUAUCCACCACAGAGGCAGAGAAAGACCUGGGAGUGUAUGUUACCAGGCUACCAGUGAAGGGAUAUCCAGCACACCAAUACCACAUGGGAAACACUCCACUAUCCACCACAGAGGCAGAGAAAGACCUGGGAGUGUAUGUUACCAGGCUACCAGUGAAGGGAUAUCCAGCACACCAAUACCACAUGGGAAACACUCCACCAUCCACCACAGAGGCAGAGAAAGACCUGGGACUGUAUGUUACCAGGCUACCAGUGAAGGGAUAUCCAGCACACCAAUACCACAUGGGAAACACUCCACUAUCCACCACAGAGGCAGAGAAAGACCUGGGAGUGUAUGUUACCAGGCUACCAGUGAAGGGAUAUCCAGCACACCAAUACCACAUGGGAAACACUCCACUAUCCACCACAGAGGCAGAGAAAGACCUGGGAGUGUAUGUUACCAGGCUACCAGUGAAGGGAUAUCCAGCACACCAAUACCACAUGGGAAACACUCCACUAUCCACCACAGAGGCAGAGAAAGACCUGGGACUGUAUGUUACCAGGCUACCAGUGAAGGGAUAUCCAGCACACCAAUACCACAUGGGAAACACUCCACUAUCCACCACAGAGGCAGAGAAAGACCUGGGAGUGUAUGUUACCAGGCUACCAGUGAAGGGAUAUCCAGCACACCAAUACCACAUGGGAAACACUCCACUAUCCACCACAGAGGCAGAGAAAGACCUGGGAGUGUAUGUUACCAGGCUACCAGUGAAGGGAUAUCCAGCACACCAAUACCACAUGGGAAACACUCCACUAUCCACCACAGAGGCAGAGAAAGACCUGGGAGUGUAUGUUACCAGGCUACCAGUGAAGGGAUAUCCAGCACACCAAUACCACAUGGGAAACACUCCACUAUCCACCACAGAGGUAGAGAAAGACCUGGGAGUGUAUGUUACCAGGCUACCAGUGAAGGGAUAUCCAGCACACCAAUACCACAUGGGAAACACUCCACUAUCCACCACAGAGGCAGAGAAAGACCUGGGAGUGUAUGUUACCAGGCUACCAGUGAAGGGAUAUCCAGCACACCAAUACCACAUGGGAAACACUCCACUAUCCACCACAGAGGCAGAGAAAGACCUGGGAGUGUAUGUUACCAGGCCCAUCAGUUCCCCUGUUUGA